GACCUUCCAAAGUUGAUGCAUUAUGAGAUAGUGUACUGUAUGAGCAAGUCUACUGUAUUAAAAAUGAUCAACAGCGUUUCUCGACAAGCCAUUACAGGUCGCGGACGGAUUAUACGGUCACAUUGAUCACCUACUCAGUAAUGAAGGCUCUGCCUUUAGCUUGACAGGAAAACUUGAUUCUUUGUCUGCUUCAGCGCACACACUGUACAAUGGAUUGGAAUUUCCAAACAUAGGAAAAUCUGUUUGGGACAAAGCCAUAGAGCUCAGUCCAAAUAUCCAAGGGUAUCCAGAAAAACUCCUUCAAUAUGUCAUGGCAGUCUAUCCCUCCGAGAAGAUAUCGGAGUUCAGGAUGUCUAUGGAUAACGUUGCCAGCACGGCUACCGCACUUCACCAAGCCUUCAAAGGCGCUGGGAUGAGUUUUGAUAGUAUCGAGACGGGUUGGAAAACGAUUGAGACAGAGACUUUCUGUGAGGCUUUCGGUCGUGCUUGGAGCGGGGAUCUGACUCUAGGAUUCGCUAGAAUAUGGAAUCCUUACAGCGCCGCAGAAGAACGUGGCAUUCCUCUCGACUCGGUAUCAGAAGAACUUGGAAAUAGGUUCCGUGCUCUAUUUGAAGAGCUUAAAGAACAGUUUCCGCCACCCGGGGAGGCUUCUGGUCACGAGAACCGUACGGUCAUGAUCACUACGGUGCUUGACCGCAUCGAGGAGAGUUUUCUACAGGUCGCCAUCAACCGCGGAAUGAGCGAGGAAGUCUUGAAAAGUCACUGCAGUUCUCUCAAGUCUGGUGUUCAACAUAUCGUGGUCACCAUUGGGGACCUUUAUGAACAGCAUCCCGAGCUCGCGUGGACCCUCUCGUGCAUUGCGACUGGUGCAAUAUUUUCCCAGGGGAUUCUUCUCACAAUUCUCCGCGUAUUUGGUUUGGGGGCAUUGGGACCAAUCAAAGGCACAGCUGCUACGUGGUUGCAAGCGUGGUUAUUUGGCCCCGCCGUCCCGAGGGGUAGCUGGUUUGCGGUGCUUCAGCGUCUUGCUAUGACAGGUGCAAAGCUUUAAAGCUAGAACUUCUCUAAAUAUCAUACCCUACUUUGUACUAACGUCUGCAAGUGACAACUUGUUAUACGACAUGUGCCUCUGUCUGAUCACCUGGCCCAG